GAAGAGAAAUUUCGUAAUUAACUAAACCUGACUCGGCAGUUUAUUUUAUCAGUGAUCAUUCAGCUUUUCAUAACAUUUUCGUAAAACCGUAAAAGUACUGCGCAACGUUAUGAUGUCAAUAUUGGGUUAACCGAUAAAAAUAUCAAUAUAAAUUAUAAUUCUGAAAAAUAGAAGAGUCGAGCAAUAAAAGUAAUUUCUCCCCACAUAGUUUCCUCAGGUAGUAACUUGUCAUUAAUCAGCCAAAUAGAACCAAUAUAAAUAAUAUUCCUUCAAAAAUACAGUUGGCACAAUUCCACUCAUCAUUUUAUCACUUGAUCCACGAGAUAACAAUUUAUAUUAACAGUUGAUCUGCAAUUUCGUCAGUUGGUAUUAACGAAUUGUUACAAAUUGAUUCAAAUUCUGUCAGAGAAUUUCUCUCCGCAGUAAAUAAAUUUUUUUUCUCGUUUUCGGGAAUGAAGAGGAUAUUCACUUUUGCAGGCGAAGAAGAGUAUAAUUCUUCUCAUGUUUGAUUAUGAUUAACCGUUUAUGAUAUGAUAAUGCAGACGGUGAUGAUGACAAUCUCUGAUAAAGGAUGGCGCAUCAGCAAAUAUUAAAUAAAUUUGGGAGCAUAUUAAAGACUGAUACGACGAUUCGUAUCAGUCAUUAAGAAGAUUUUUUUACUCCGUACAAAAUAACGGUUGAACCAUGAGGAUAGGUUCUUCAGCUGGGGACAAUCUGGAACAGAACGACGUCUUCAGGAAAAUUUUACACGAGGGAUUCCCAGACGAAAUAAUUGAAGAUGUCGUGCUAUUAAAUAAGGAACCAGUGACCAAAAAGGGAGAAAACUAUCUCAGUCUUUUAACCCGAUUAACAUUUAAAUAUGUCUGCAGUCCUUCCGGAGGUGAUCGCCACGAGAAAGUGCAGAAGAUUCUUAAUGUUAUCCUGAAAGAAGAGCCUGACAGUGACUCAGCAACUCUGGAGACCAUCCACAGAAUGGAUAUUUUCAACGUCGAGCAGCAAUUACUCCAGGAUAUCGUUCCCAAGGUCGAGGGCUUAAUUGACAGGAGACUAGCCGCCAAAGUCUAUCACUGUUCAACUGAACCGCGGAUUAUAGCCAUGGAGGAUCUAUCGAUUUUAGGGUUUAAAAAUACAAAUCGCAAAGUGGGAUUGAGUGAAGAUGAGGUCUACAUGAUUCUGGAGAACCUGGCGGAGUUCCAUGCAGGCACGAUUCGAUUAGCUGAACAGGACCCUGGGUGUCUCACCCGAUUUUCCAUUGGCUUGCUGAACAUGACACCGACGUUCUACAAAAUGAUAGAAGACACUAUGAGGAACGUGGCCCGUCAAAUUCGCACGUGGUCGGACCCGAAAUUCCUUCCACUCUCAGAAAAGCUGGAGAACAUGUCGGAAGUUGCUGUUGCAAGACUCAGGGAAGUGUAUAAGCUGACUGAUGAUGAAAUUGGUGUCCUGAAUCACGGAGAUUUGUGGUGUAACAAUAUCAUGUUCCAGUACGAUGACAACAGGAAACUUGAAAAUCUCCGAUUCGUUGAUUAUCAAUUUUCUAUCUGGUCGUCUCCUGCAAUCGACAUCACUUAUUUUCUUUCCUGUGCUCCUGAACUCAAAAUAAAAGGAACACAAGAUGAUUUAUUUUUGGAAAGAUAUUUGACUCGUUUAUCAAGCACCAUGAAGCGUAUAGGUUGUACAUCAGAACCUCCAACGAUGGAGCAGUUGAAAAAAUCUCUGCAUAAACGGCAGAUUCUAUCCCUGAUAACUGGAAUCGUCUUCUUUGCAAUAAUGAUUGCGGAUGACGGCGAUAUUACGGAUCUAGAGGAUAUAUUGCAUAAAGAAACACAUGACGCAGACACUCUGAAGAACCCGAGAGUUAAAGCUGCGGUGGAAAAGAUGCUGCCCAUAUGGAAUGACAGAGGUUAUUUGGACUGACAUUGAUUAGCAAACACUAAUAUAUUUUUUACUCGUUAACGAAUACAUAUUUGAUGAAACUUGUGUCUCUUGACCUGCACCUUUGCAAGUGAACCAUUUACUAACUAUCAAGAAAUAUUUGCUUCAUCAUAUUACUCUGCAAUUUGUUGGCAUUCAAAGAAUCUUGGUUGAAAUAAAUGAAUUAUUCAGCCAGUGCGUGAUGAACUCAUCCACUCGUUGGGUAAUUCAAAGCAGGUUAAAGAUUGUGGUGAAUUAGUAAAAUCAGUAAUGUGAAGGAGACAAUAAGUCAUCAUGAUAUCGUCAUUAAGAAUAUCCAAGUAGUUUGCGUAAUUUUCAGGAGGGAUUUUGCUCAGACUUUAUAAAAUAAACUAAAUUAAUUUUUACGCCCGAUGUCAUUGUUAAUUAUCGGAUGAUUUUGUAAUCCAACUGAGAAUGAUCCUCCAUCAAUCAGCUGAUUAUAAAACAUUUAUAAAAAAUGGGGCAGCAAUAAAAUUAUGAAGGAGAAUGGAGCGAUACAGAAAUUUUUCUUAUUGUUUAAUCUAUGAAUCACUUAAUACAACACUGCGUGAUGGUGCAUUCCAUCGAUGAAUUAAACAUCAAAUCAUCCACGGUCAUCAAGCCUGACCUUAUGCGCAUUGAGCACAGGGUAAGGCAAAGGACUGAUGCCCCAGUUAUUUUUCGGAUAAAAACGGAGAGAAAUUCUGAUGCGGUAUAUGCAAUACAAAUUACGUAUUUUACGGAAUCAGUAGGCGAAUUUGGCCGUCAAAUGUAUCACAAACAUUUGGCGGUCAUUCCGCUUUUAAUGGUGAUGAUCGGAAAUGAAGAGGAGGUUAACGGAAAUAAUAUGAUUUUAUUGUUUUUUAUGAUUAUAUUCUCAAUGAUAACCUUCUAACAGAACAAAUUCUAUCUGCAGUUUACGCAGUCCCAUGUAAUUUUCACGCAUAAAUAAGGCGUCUUCAAGGAAGACAUAUAUCGCGACCUCUUGUCGCAUUUUUCGCAUAAAAUUAUCGCACUGUAGACACUAGUCGUGUUGCGUGAGGCCUCCAGUUUUAGUGUCAUUUAUCACUGAAUAUGCCAUAACAAGAAACACAGACUUAAAUGAGAAAUACGCUUAUCAAUUGCGUGUACGAAUUAUAAUCAGUGACAAUUAUUCCUAGGUUCAUUGAUUAUUUUUAUUUACAUGUUUACACGAUGUAAUUGAGCGACAAGAUGUAUCUGCGGUUCGCGUAUUAAUUAGUAUCUGUAUCUGUUCGAAUGUGGGUAGAAGGGAAUGAAAUAAAGUCAUUAUAAUCAAUAAACAAUUCAUC